CCCCCCAUUCAAGAAGCGGCUCCGCUAUCCCCGGCAGCACAGGGCGCCCGGCGCGCCUCGGAGCGCAAGUCCCGCGCCUUCUCCUGCCAGCUCCCUGGACAUUAUGCGGCCGAGCAACCGAGCCCCAGUCCUCCUCCUCCUGCUCCUCCUGCUCCUCCUGCGGCUCGAGCCGCUCAGCUCUCGGCAGGCGGCGGCGUUGCUCAGCCGAGCGCAGACGGGACCCUCGCGACGCAACCUCAGCGACUCCUAAAGUCAAAAGUUGGCGGCGGGCGCCCGGCUCCGCGCGCUCUCCGCGGCCGCUGCCUCGCGUCGCCACCGCAGCCAAGGAGGGCAGGAGGGAGGGGAGCGGGGGUGGCAGGGGGAGGGGUGGGGAGCACCAUGCAGUUUGUAUCCUGGGCCACACUGCUAACGCUCCUGGUGCCGGACCUGGCCGAGAUGGGGAGCCCAGACGCCGCGGCCGCCGUGCGCAAGGACAGGCUGCACCCGAGGCAAGUGCAACUCUUAGAGACCCUGCAAGAAUACGAAGUCGCGUCUCCCAUCCGAGUGAAUGCUCUAGGAGAACCCUUUCCCGCGAACGUGCACUUCAAAAGAAGGCGACGGAGCAUUAAUUCUGCCUCUGACCCCUGGCCUGCCUUCGCUGCCUCCUCUUCUUCCUCUACCUCCCCCCAGGCGCAUUACCGCCUCUCUGCCUUCGGCCAGCAGUUUCUAUUUAAUCUCACCGCCCAUGCCGGAUUUAUCGCUCCACUAUUCACUGUCACCCUCCUCGGGGCGCCUGGGAUGAACCAGACAAAGUUUUAUUCCGAGGAGGAAUCAGAACUCAAACACUGUUUCUACAAAGGCCAUGUCAAUACCAAGUCCGAACACACGGCCGUCAUCAGCCUCUGCUCAGGAAUGCUGGGCACAUUCCGGUCCCAUGAUGGGGAUUAUUUUAUUGAACCACUACUGUCCAUUGAUGAACAAGAAGAUGAAGAGGAGCAAAACAAACCCCACAUUAUCUAUAGGCGCAGUAACCCGCACAGAGAGCCCUCCACGGGAAGGCGUGUGUGUGACACCUCAGAACACAAAAAUAGUCACACUAAAGACAAGAGGAAAGCAAGAACAAGAAAAUGGGAAGAUAGGCGUAGCCUGGCUGAUGAUGUGGCAGUAUUGAAGAGCAGCUUAGCAACAAAAGCGCUUUCUGCCUAUGGUAACAAGACCAAUAGCACGAGGGAAAAAGGGACCCACAGAAGAGCAAAACGCUUUUUAUCCUAUCCACGGUUUGUAGAAGUGAUGGUGGUGGCAGACAACAGAAUGGUUUUAUACCACGGAGCAAACCUUCAACACUAUAUUUUAACUUUAAUGUCAAUUGUAGCCUCUAUCUAUAAAGACCCAAGUAUUGGAAAUUUAAUUAAUAUUGUUAUUGUGAACUUAGUUGUGAUUCAUAAUGAACAGGAAGGACCUUCCAUAUCCUUUAAUGCCCAGACAACAUUAAAAAACUUUUGCCAGUGGCAAAAGAACUAUCCAGGUGGAAUCCAGCAUGAUACUGCUGUUCUUAUAACAAGACAGGAUAUCUGCAGAGCCCAUGACAAAUGUGACACCUUAGGUCUUGCUGAACUGGGAACCAUUUGUGAUCCCUAUAGAAGUUGCUCUAUAAGUGAAGAUAGUGGCUUGAGCACGGCUUUUACGAUUGCCCACGAGCUAGGCCACGUGUUUAACAUGCCUCAUGAUGACAACAAUAAAUGCAAAGAAGAAGGAGUAAAGAGUCCACAGCACGUCAUGGCUCCCACACUGAACUUCUAUACCAACCCCUGGAUGUGGUCAAAGUGCAGUCGAAAAUAUAUUACUGAAUUCUUAGACACUGGUUACGGCGAGUGUUUGCUUAACGAACCUGAAUCCAGACCCUACUCUUUGCCUCCCCAACCGCCAGGCCUCCUCUACAACGUGAAUAAACAAUGUGAAUUGAUUUUUGGACCAGGUUCUCAGGUGUGCCCAUAUAUGAUGCAGUGUAGACGACUCUGGUGCAACAACGUGGACGGAGCACACAAAGGCUGCCGGACCCAGCACACACCCUGGGCGGACGGGACAGAGUGCGAGCCAGGAAAGCACUGCAAGUUUGGAUUUUGUGUUCCCAAAGAGAUGGAGGUCCCCGUGACUGAUGGAUCCUGGGGAAGUUGGAGUCAUUUUGGAACAUGCUCAAGAACGUGUGGAGGGGGCAUCAAAACAGCUGUUCGAGAAUGCAACAGACCGGAGCCAAAAAACGGUGGAAAGUAUUGUGUGGGGCGUAGAAUGAAAUUUAAGUCCUGCAACACAGAGCCCUGUCUCAAGCAGAAGCGGGACUUCCGAGAGGAACAGUGCGCCCACUUUGACGGCAAGCAUUUUAACAUCAACGGGCUGCUUCCAAACGUGCGCUGGGUCCCUAAGUACAGCGGAAUUCUGAUGAAGGACCGAUGCAAAUUGUUCUGCAGGGUGGCAGGAAACACAGCCUACUAUCAGCUCCGAGACAGAGUGGUAGAUGGAACUCCCUGUGGCCAAGACACAAGUGAUAUCUGUGUCCAAGGCCUCUGCCGGCAAGCUGGAUGCGAUCAUGUUUUAAACUCAAAAGCCCGGAGAGAUAAAUGUGGGGUUUGUGGUGGCGAUAAUUCUUCAUGCAAAACAGUUGCAGGAACAUUUAAUACAGUACAUUAUGGUUACAAUACUGUGGUCCGAAUUCCAGCUGGUGCUACCAAUAUUGAUGUGCGACAGCACAGCUUCUCAGGGAAAUCAGAGGAUGAUAACUACUUAGCAUUAUCAAGCAGUAAAGGUGAAUUCUUGCUAAAUGGAGACUUUGUUGUCACCAUGUCCAAAAGGGAAAUCCGUGUUGGGAAUGCUAUGAUCGAGUACAGUGGGUCCGACAAUAUCGUGGAAAGAAUUAACUCCACAGAUCGCAUCGAUCAGGAACUUUUGCUGCAGGUGUUGUCGGUGGGAAAGUUAUACAACCCUGAUGUGCGCUAUUCUUUCAAUGUUCCAAUUGACGACAAACCCCAGCAGUUUUACUGGAACAGUCAUGGACCCUGGCAAGCCUGCAGCAAGCCCUGCCAAGGGGAGAGGAAACGAAGACCUAUUUGCACCAGGGAAUUUGAUCAGCUUACAGUUUCAGAUCAAAGAUGUGAUCAUCUGCCCCAGCCAGGACCCAUCACUGAGCCCUGUGGCACAGACUGUGACCUGAGAUGGCAUGUCGCCAGCAGGAGUGAAUGUAGUGCCCAGUGUGGCUUGGGUUACCGCACAUUAGACAUCUACUGUGCCAGGUACAGCAGGCUGGAUGGGAAGACUGAGAAGGUUGAUAACAGUUAUUGUAGCAGCCACCCUAAACCAAGCAACCAGGAAAAAUGUUCAGGAGAAUGUAACACAGGAGGCUGGCGAUAUUCUGCUUGGACUGAAUGUUCUAAAAGCUGUGAUGGUGGAACCCAGAGGAGAAGGGCUAUUUGUGUUAACACCCAAAACGAUGUCCUGGAUGACAGCAAAUGCACACAUCAAGAGAAAGUCACCGUUCAGAGAUGCAAUGAGUUCUCUUGUCCACAGUGGAAAUCAGGAGACUGGUCAGAGUGCUUGGUCACCUGUGGAAAAGGACAUAAGCACCGCCAGGUCUGGUGUCAGUUUGGUGAAGAUCGAUUGAGCGAAAGAAUCUGUGACCCCGAGACCAAGCCGGCCUCCACGCAGACCUGUCAGCAGCCAGAAUGUGCGUCCUGGCAGGCAGGUCCCUGGGGACAGUGCAGUGUCACUUGUGGACAGGGAUACCAGCUAAGAGCUGUGAAAUGCAUUAUUGGGACUUACAUGUCAGUGGUGGAUGACAGUGACUGCAAUGCAGCAGCAAGGCCAACAGAUACCCAGGACUGUGAAUUACCACCUUGCCAUCCACCCCCAGCAGCCCCGGAAGCAAGAAACACACACAGUGUGCCAAGAGUCCAGUGGCGAUUUGGGUCAUGGACACCAUGCUCAGCCACUUGUGGAAAAGGUACCCGGAUGAGAUAUGUCAGCUGCCGGGACGAGGAUGGCUCUGUGGCUGAUGAAAGCGCCUGUGCCACCCUGCCUAGACCAGUGGCGAGAGAAGACUGUUCUGUGACCCCCUGUGGGCAGUGGAAGGCUUUGGACUGGAGCUCUUGCUCCGUGACGUGUGGGCAAGGUCGGGCCACCCGGCAAGUCGUGUGUGUCAACUACAGUGACCAUGUGAUUGAUCACAGUGAGUGUGACCCAGAUUAUAUCCCAGAAACGGACCAGGACUGUUCAAUGUCACCAUGUCCUCAAAGGACCCCAGACAGUGGUCUCGCUCAGCACCCUUUCCAAGAUGAAGAUUAUCGUCCCAGGAGUCCCAGCCCAAGCCGCACCCACGUGCUGGGUGGAAACCAGUGGAGGACUGGCCCUUGGGGAGCAUGUUCCAGUACCUGUGCUGGUGGGUCCCAGAGGCGUGUGGUGGUGUGUCAGGAUGAAAAUGGAUACACUGCCAGUGACUGCGUGGAGAGAAUAAAGCCCGAUGAGCAAAGAGCCUGCGAGUCUGGCCCUUGUCCUCAGUGGGCUUAUGGCAACUGGGGAGAGUGUACGAAGCUGUGUGGUGGAGGCCUGCGAACGAGGCUGGUUGUCUGUCAGCGGCCCAGCGGGGAACGGUUUCCUGAUCUGAGCUGUGAAGUGCUCGAUAAGCCUCCAGAUCGGGAGCAGUGUAACACCCAUGCUUGUCUUCAAGAUGCUGCAUGGAGUGCUGGCCCUUGGAGUUCGUGUUCUGUCUCUUGUGGUCGAGGGCAUAAACAACGAAAUGUUUACUGCAUGGCAAAAGAUGGAAACCAUUUAGAAAGUGAUUACUGUAAGCACCUUGCUAAGCCAAAUGGGCACAGAAAGUGCCGAGGCGGAAGAUGCCCCAAAUGGAAAGCUGGCGCCUGGAGUCAGUGCUCUGUGUCCUGUGGCCAAGGCGUGAGGCGGAGGAAUGUGGACUGCCAGAUGGGAACACACAAAAUAGCCCAAGAGACCGAAUGCAACCCGUACACCAGGCCGGAGUCAGAGCGCGCCUGCCAAGCGCCACCGUGUCCUCUCUACAACUGGAGGGCAGGCCAGUGGCAAGAAUGCACCAAGACUUGUGGCGAAGGAUCCAGGUACCGCAAGGUGGUGUGUGUGGAUGAGGACAAAGGCAGCGAGGUUCACGGCAUGCACUGCGACUUGAGCCAGCGGCCUGCGGAGCGUGAGAUCUGUAGUUUGCAGCCCUGCGAGUACGUCUGGAUCACAGGAGAGUGGUCAGAGUGCUCGGUGACCUGUGGAAAGGGCUACAAACAAAGGCUGGUCUCCUGUAGUGAGAUUUACACCGGGAAGGAAAAUUAUGAGUACAGCUACCAAACCACCAUCAACUGUCCGGGCACGCAGCCUCCCAGCGUCCACCCCUGCUACCUGAGGGAGUGCCCCGUCUCGGCCACCUGGAGAGUUGGCAACUGGGGGAGUUGCUCAGUCUCCUGUGGCGUUGGAGUGAUGCACAGGUCCGUGCAAUGUUUGACCAACGAGGACCAGCCCAGCCAAUUAUGCCCUGCUGAUUUGAAGCCAGAAGAAAGAAAAACCUGCCAUAAUGUCUAUAACUGUGAGUUACCCCAGAACUGCAAGGAAGUUAAAAGACUGAAAGGUGCCAGUGAAGAUGGUGAAUAUUUCCUGACCAUCAAAGGAAAGCUUCUGAAGAUAUUCUGUGCAGGCAUGCAGUCUGACCACCCCAAGGAGUACAUCACCCUGGUCCAUGGCGACUCAGAGAAUUUCUCUGAGGUUUAUGGGCACAGGUUGCACAAUCCAACAGAAUGCCCCUACAAUGGGAGCCGGCGUGAUGACUGCCAGUGUCGGAAGGACUACACGGCUGCUGGGUUUUCCAGCUUCCAGAAAAUCAGAAUAGACCUGACCACCAUGCAGAUAAUAACCACUGAUCUACAGUUUGCCAGGACAAGCGAGGGGCACCCGGUGCCCUUUGCCACAGCUGGGGACUGCUACAGUGCCGCCAAGUGCCCACAGGGUCGCUUUAGCAUCAACCUUUACGGGACCGGCCUGUCUUUAACAGAAUCUGCCAGGUGGAUAUCCCAAGGGAAUUACGCGGUCUCGGACAUUAAGAAGUCGCCGGAUGGUACCCGAGUUGUAGGGAAAUGCGGUGGUUACUGUGGAAAAUGUACUCCAUCCUCUGGCACUGGCCUGGAGGUUCGAGUUUUAUAGUUAAGGUGCUCUGAAGAGGAAGCCAUUAUGGGAUGGAUGAAGGAUAGUAAUGCAAUACCUCCACCUUAAAUUUGGGUGCCUGUGUGUGUAUGUGAGUACUUGUGUGCUUGUGUGUGUGAGUGUGUGUGUGUACAUAUGCAUAUAUAUGCACACAUGCACGUAUGUGUGUAUAUAUAUGUGUGUAUAUAUAUGGAAUAUCCUAAUGAUGUAAAGUUUAAUAUUUAUGUUUGAAAUUAUUUAUUGUGAUGUAAUAUUUUUGUACGUAAAAUGAUUAUGCAUUAUGACUGCCUAUCUAUUAUGACUGCCUUUUGCAUUAUUUUGUCCCUUGCAGUCAGACCACUGCAUUUUACGUACUCUACAUUAUAUGUAGUCCUCCGACAAAAGUGAUCCUUCAUUAUCACGGUACACUAUCGUUUACUUUUUGCCUGUAAAUGUUUCAUUGUUACUUUUUUUAAAUUGUAUUUUUUUUAAAACAAUAGCCACUAAGGUGCUACACAUGUCUUAUAAGGAUAUUUCUAGUUAUGUAUCAUUAGCCAAUAAGUAACUUAGUGAUGUCACAGAUUGUACCAGCUAUUCAUCAUGUUAAGUAUUCAGUUUCAUGCAAUCUCUGGGAAAAAAAUGUGCUGCCUUGGUGCUAAUAUCCUGUGUAUUUAAGUAAUCUUCUUCAGACUCAGAAAUAUAAACAUUUUUAAUAAAAGGGAACAAUAGAAGUACAACUUCCAGUGGACAGAAUCACUUGGAUAAAAGAAGACCAGCUAUUGACCCUUGUUUUUGGACAUGCGUCUUUUGUGAGAGAGCUGGACUCUGCCUUUCUUGUUGUUGCUAAUGUUCUUCGCUUCCGUUCAUGGUGCCUUGGUCUUCUGGUUAAAUGGAGACGCUCCCCUCCCCAUACCCCAAGCAGCAUUGUUACAGAGUGACAUGGAAAAGUGAGAUCCUCUUACCGUCUUGCCAAGAUGUUCAACAAGUGUGUCCUAAUCCACCAUCUGCAAGUGAGGGGAGCACAGGACGGGGUGAGCUUCAACACCCCCCGCUCACCCUGGGAAGUUCAGAUCCAGGUUCUUGACCUUCAGGAUUGCCUUUGGCAUGAAAACGUUGCCUGGUGACAGGAUUUCUCCUCAGGCUGUGAACCUCAGCCCCUACCAGUGUGGAUAGUUGCUGCAGAAAUUGGCUUUUGUGAGAAGAAAUGAGCUAUGGAGGGCAAGAUGCCUCAGUCUUUCUGAUCUCCCAUUAAUCUACCCUUUGUUACUUCUUUCCACAAUGGAAAUGCCGAAGCCAUGGUCUUUCCGCCCUUAGAACUUAACAGAAGGGAAACCAUCACCAACAGCCCGUGGCAGACCCUAGGUUUGAGAACCCUUGACCACUUCCAAAAACCAAAGAGAUUAGGAAAAACCUGGCAGUAUUCUCCAACCCCAAACAAACUCCAGAGUGCUCCAGGAGAAAAUAUACUCAGUGUAUGAAUAAGUGUUAUUCUCCAUUAUUAAUACCUUGUGAAAAUAUACUAUGAAUAAAUAUCAUGACCA